AUGCCUUUAUUCGCGGCUUCGAAAGAAGCCAUCAAUGAGUCGAUAACGCCGAGCGGAUUGCAAGUAGCCUUUGCCUUAGCAAUUGUUCGGUCCAAGCCUGCGGACGUCUCAGUCAGAGAAUAUAUGAUGAGACUUAGAGGACAUCUAAAGGAAGGGCCACUCUAUCGACAACGAUCGCCGCAGUGGGUAGUGGAUCAAGUUGCUUUUUGGAAAUCCCAACAUGAAGCUGCUGAGGAAUCGAGAAGCGAAUUGCAGGCCCGAGUGACAGACCUAGAACAGAAGAUCAAGCUGCUCAAAGACCCGACUGAUGCACCAGAAUCGCCGAGCGGCGCAGCACACACCACUUCAGUGAAAAGUUGCAAACGGAAGCAAUCGGUCUCGACUCGACCAGCAAAGAAACCGAAGUUGAACAGCGACAUCAGUGGACCUACCUCACAGACUGCGAUUACGACCCACCUUGAGCCCUUGCAUUCGAUCGCUGCAUUCGGUGACGAUGGCAUCACGCUUCUACGUAGCGUCAUGCAAGUCCAAUGUCUCUGCAAGAGCUCUGAACCGGACGCUCCAAACCUGAGCUUCCAUUUGGCGUCUAUAGCGUCUUCUAUCGGCGGAGUCCUCAAGGUCGUGAUUCAAAGACACCACCAGGAAACAGACGUCGAAAGCAAUGCUCGUGUACCUGGGCCUGUCAAAGCGAGACGGAAAGCAGCAUCCGACAUUGCGCAUGUCAUUCGCGCUAUUGCCUGUGCCUUCUCGACCUUACUCUUAGGCCUGUCGAAUAUCCCGAGACAAGCUGCCUUCGAAGACCCGACGGCUCAUGUCGUGUACUGCUGCGCCCGCAUGUUCCAGGUAGCUCUUAAGGCCAUAGUAGAUUCUGCAGAGUCAAAAGCGGCGCGGUCUAGCAUUGACACUACUGGUACAGGAUCACAGCUCGGCAAGACAAAACCCAAAUCUCGACAGAACACCCCACAGGCCCAAGAUCUAGGCAGAGCAAUAACGCAAUUCCUGAAUGCAUGCUUGUCUGCCUUGGACCCUUCCCAGUCCAGUCACAGAGACAUCUUCGAAGCUCUCAUGUACGUCCUCUUAGAGCGUGUCGGUCGACGAAUCUAUUGUUGCACUUUCAGUCACGAGCGCGGACAAAGCGUCGACGACGACAUCCGUCUCGGCGGCUCAGGAUGUGCUUCAGACGAGCAGGGAGCCAAGUCUCUCGCCUACGAAGCUCCAUACCUGAUCUCCAUCCUCGAAAAAUCCUUUUCGCUUGCACCGCAGCUUCUCGGGCCCGUCAUCACGUCUAUGCAACGCACGAAGACAGCAGUGAGAGGGAAGCAGUCAACGGCUUCAAAGACCACAUCUGUGCCGAAAGUUCUUCUGCAUACACAUGCGAAAGAGCUGCUUCAGCAGACGCUUGUCAAUGGUAUAUUUGGUUCGAAUGAAGGCACAACCGCGGAUAAUUGCUUGCAUAAACCACUCCCUAGUUCAAAAAUUCCAACUGUUCCCCAUGAAUAUGAGACUCAUACGGCUGAUUGGUUCCGGCAGCAGGUGUGGCAGGUAGUUGGGUGGGGGAUUCUUGGGCGUGAAGCUGACUGGUGA